AUGGAGAAAGGGCAAAGCCUGAGCAAGGCAAACAAAGAAAUGCUUGUUGCGGAAGAAAAAGAGAGCACUGAGGGAGCACCCUCUCCUUCAUCCUUCCUUCCGAAACCCACUAAAGGAGGUAGCACUCGAUACGACGUAUUCUUGAGCUUUAAUGGCUUAGAUACUCGAAAGGAAUUCACUGAUCACCUGUACCACAGACUCGGUACUGCAGGAAUCUGCGUGUUCAGGGACUGUAACAGAAUCCGAAUUGGCGAGGAAUUUAGUCCAGUGCUUCUCGAUGCCAUCACAUGUUCUAAGAUUUCUAUCCCCAUCAUCUCUGGACAUUAUGCUUCGAGCAAAUGGUGCCUCCGUGAGCUUAUUCAUAUCAUGGAUUUCAAGAAGAGCAAUUCACAUAUAGUUUUGCCCAUUUUUUACAAAGUGGACCCAUCCGAUGUGCGGCAUCUGAAAGGAAAAUUUGGGGAGGCCUUCCAUUCGCAUAAGCAUCGUUUUGAUGAGAAAGAUAUUGAGGAAGGGCGACAAGCACUUAAAGAUGUGAGUGACUUACAUGGAUGGAAAUCCGAUGAAUUUGCUAGCGGGCAUGAGGGAGAACUGAUAGAACGUGUUGUCGAAACUGUUCUAGGAGAGUUACGAAAAGAUUUUCCUCUACUUGUUCCGAAGGAACUAGUUGGACUUGAUGAUCAGCUGAAGAAGAUUAUGAGUUGCAUAAAUAGUCCUUCCGUCAAUGCUCGAAUGAUUGGAAUUUAUGGCAUGGGGGGGAUAGGCAAGACAACUCUUGCCAAGUGCAUCUACAAUCAACUCUCGAAUAAAUUUGAUCAUGUCUGCUUCCUUCCAGAUAUUCGAGAAACGACCAAGCACCACAGUAUUAAGUAUCUACAGAGUCGACUAAUAUCUGAGAUACUACAAGAAAAAAAUGAAGUGUCAACGGUUGAUUCAGGAAUUAACUUAAUCAAAUCUAGAUUCACAAGGAAAAAGGUUCUCAUUCUUUUGGAUGAGAUAGAUCACAAGGAUCAGUUAGAUGCUUUGGCUGGAGGAGGUUACUGGUUUGCUUCAGGAAGUAUUAUAAUUGUUACAACUAGAAAUAAAGCUGUUCUUCAUCGAUCCGAAUUCGAGGUAGACUACGAGCAUGAAAUGAGAGUGAUGAAUGAGAUCGAAUUUGCUAUGUACAUGUGGGACGACUGUGAGUUUUAUGCAAGUCAAGGAAUUGAAGAGUUGAAGCUGAGGUGCUUGAUAAAAAUUGAAGAUAAUGGUAAAUUAAGUAUGCAUGAUCAACUGAGAGAUCUUGGAAGGGAUAUUUUCUGCAAAGGACAAACACUCAUGAAACAUAGUAGACUAUGGGUCGACGAGGAAGCCUUCAAAGGACUGACGGAAAAGAAGGUUGAAUGA